GAGAAAGAGUAAAGUAGUGAAGGUAAAGAGAAAGAAAGAAAGAACAGAAAGAACUUGAUUACCUACUACUGUCUUACUUCAAUCUCUUAUCAAUCCAACAAAUCAAGUCACUUUCCUUUCAAUCUCAUUCAACAUCUUAACAUCUCAAGAUGAAGAAAGGAAUGUUAGGGAAAAUGCUAUCACGCAAAGAUAAAGAUAAUAAUCAGUCUAAUAAUCAGUCUCUUGGUCGAUCAAAGGAUAAGGGUCCUUAUGAUGCUACCUCUCCUGCUCUUUCACCGGCUUCUUCUCAAACAAACUUAUCCUCAGCUGGUUCUAUUGCCCCUUCAACCGGUUUACCUGUUCAAAAUGGUACAGCUGGAAAUCAAUCUAACAGCGGUGGUGGUAUCGGUCGAGCUGCUGGUCUUUUCAGUCGUUCCUCAUCAUCAUCAUCUUCUGCCACUCAACAACAACAACAACAGCAACAGCAGCAGCAGCAACUCCAGUAUCCAUCUCAAGCUGCUUCACCAAACCAUCCACCCGGUUACAAUCCACAACUCCCCAAUUCUUCUCCCAACAACGUUCCUGGCAUUUUCGUCAGUGGCGAUAACGCCGUCAUGCCAAGCGACCCACUUCCACAUCCUUCAGCCUUACCACAUCAUCCUACCGCCGGGGCUCAUAUCACACUAAACAAUCGGUCUAUGCAGCCUGGCUUUGGUGUAGGUGGAGGUCCACCUCAGACACCGCCCAAAUCGGGUCCGAUUGGGAAAUUACAAGGCAAACCAGGAGCUGUACCUAUCGUGCCACCUGGAGUUAAAGAUACGAUACCGAUCGCGAAGACCCCACGUAAACAAAGAAGUAGUCGGUUUCAUGUGACUGAGAAGGUUGAACUCGAACGUUUACCUUCCUUUCAGGAUGUCGCCCCGCAAGAGACGCACGCGCUAUUCAUUCAAAAACUUCACCAAUGCUCUGUCGUAUUUGACUUUAACGACGCAUCUACUCAACUCAAUUCGAAACAAAUCAAGGCAGCAGCUUUACAUGAGAUGUUGGAAUGGAUCACUACUCAAAGAGGAGUCAUUACAGAUGCUAUUUAUCCAGAAGUGGUCGCAAUGUUUGGAUCGAACCUCUUCCGAUCGAUUCCGCCUCCUGUCAAUCCUACAGGUGAUGCCUAUGAUCCAGAAGAAGAUGAACCUGUCUUGGAGCUCGCGUGGCCUCAUUUACAAAUUGUCUACGAGUUCUUUCUCAGAUUUGUUGAAAGCCCCGACUUCAAUACGAAUGUUGCCAAACGAUUCAUCGAUCAACAAUUUGUCCUCAAUCUCUUGGAAUUAUUUGAUAGUGAAGACCCAAGGGAGCGAGAUUUCUUGAAGACAACUUUACAUCGCAUCUAUGGAAAGUUUCUUAAUUUACGUGCCUUUAUUCGACGUUCGAUCAACAACGUGUUCUACGGCUUCAUCUACGAAACGGAACGACACAACGGGAUUGCUGAACUGUUAGAAAUUUUGGGAUCAAUUAUCAAUGGUUUUGCAUUGCCAUUGAAGGAAGAGCAUAAGACGUUUUUGACCAGGGUGCUCAUACCAUUACACAAGGUUAAGGGACUCGCGCUUUAUCAUCCUCAGUUGGCCUAUUGUGUGGUUCAGUUCUUAGAGAAAGAUCCUAGCUUGACGGAAGAAGUUGUUAUUGGCUUGUUGAGAUACUGGCCCAAGGUUAACUCACCGAAGGAAGUUAUGUACUUGAACGAAGUUGAAGAAGUCUUGGAUGUGAUCGAUCCAAUUGAAUUUCAAAAGAUUUCAGUUCCACUAUUCAAACAACUUUCAAGAUGCGUCAACAGUCAACAUUUUCAGGUGGCAGAACGAGCACUAUAUUAUUGGAAUAAUGAAUACAUCGUGAACUUGAUCUCGGAAAACGUCCAGACUGUUCUUCCAUUGGUCUUUGAUUCAUUGUACACAAAUUCCAAAAUGCAUUGGAGCCGCCAAAUCCAUCAACUGGUUUAUAAUGCUUUGAAGUUAUUCAUGGAUAUGAAUCCUCCUCUAUUCGAAGAAUGUACGGAUCAAUAUCGGGAAUCUAGACAAAGGGAAAGAGAACGAUUGAUGGGUCGAGAACAAGCUUGGAAUUAUUUACGAGACGAAGCGAUCAAGAAUCAAGGCACAGUUUCCAAAUUGCCAGCCUCAGUUUUGGCCCCGAUUCCAUCGGUUGCACCUUUGAUUGACUUGAGUCUGUUCGAAGAUGAAGUGAUGAACGGUUUUUCCCAACAAACUCAACAACAGCAACAACAAGAGGCUUCUUUUGGGAGUGGAACUGGUUUCCAGAGUUUUGAAAAUCAACAACCACGCGGUGCUCAAGAUGGUGGAAGUGGCACAGUAGAAGAUCAACAUUUCGAAAUGGAGAAACAGUUCCCUGAAACUGCUAGGAGUCAAGUUGCUCCUCCUGGUGCUCCUGGUCAAGUCCCACAACAACAUUUGCGUCGAAAAUCUGUUAUUCCGAUCGAUUCGAGUGUAUUAAAUGAAUUAGCCGGUCAUAAAAGUUUAGAUGAAACUGUUCCUCGUGGAUAACUUUUGAUAUAUUUAAUGCGUUUUUCAUUUUGAUUAAAUCUUAUUCUUAUUUAGUUCUCUUCUUCCUUUUUUAUGAUUUUCUUUUUUUCUUUGGUUUCAUUCGUCGUGUCUCGUAGAGAAAAGUGGAAGGCAAGGGUGUCUAAUUGAAAAAAAAAAUAUAAAAGUGGUUAAAGAGAUGAAAAAGAAGAUGGGUAUUAUAAGUGAUGAUGAUGAUGUUUUUUUUCGAUUCUCUUUCUUUUAAUUUUGCAAGUUUUCUUAUUUUUUGGUUUCUUUCAUCUUUUGGUGUGUGUUUUUUCUCUUUGGUGCAGAAUGUUGAGUGUGUGUUUGUGUGUUAAGGAGUGAGUAUCUAUUUGCUCAAUUUAUUGUUGGGUUUCUUUAGAAUCAUCCUUACUUUUUUUAUUCAUUUCGUUCGUGUUGAUUUCAAAAGAAAAAAAGAAGAUAAAAGAAAGUGAUAUGGAAUAGGGUUUUUUUGGUAAAUGUUUGUUAUGGUUGUUUAUUUCCUUGUUUCUUUAUUCUUUAUUUUUUUUCAUAGAGGGAGACAAGAAUUGAAGGAAAUGAAAAUACAUGGGGUGUUGGUUUUGUUUUUGUUUUGAAGAAAAUUGAUUUUAUUUUGAAACGUUUUUUUUUUGAUAAUUAUUUCUUUUGAUAUUUUGAUGUUUAUUUCAUCUUUUUUCUUAUUAAAAACAUAAAUUU